CACACGAUUUUAUAAUCUUUGUGUGUAUGCGACCAUUUUACUGUUACGAACUACGAACGAGAACCUGUUUGUCUGCCGGUUAUUAGUGGGUACAGCAGCUCGUUUGUAACCGUUCUGUGUAGUAAGCGACGCAGCGCACCCAGUUUUGAGCGUGUUGUUUGUUUCUAGUGCGUUCAAGUUCUUCAUUAGAAAUACCUUCGGCGUCUUAUUUGUGUUUAAAAACUUUUUAAUAAAACAAUUUAAAGUUGUUUCCAGGAUAGAUCUACAAUGGGUUGUUCUACGUUCCUUGUUAAAUAUUUACUUUUCUUUUUUAACCUACUUAUAGCGCUUGCUGGAUUAGCCCUUAUAAUAAUUGGUGUUAUCAACAAACUUAACAUCGAUACUGUAGAGUCAGUAGCAGAAAACAAAACCGGCAGUAUAUCGUGGCUUUCAAUCGUUAUUAUAGUUAUUGGGUCAAUUAUUUUUACCAUAGCGUUCUUUGGAUGCUGUGGAGCUAUUAGGGAAGGAACAUGCUUAUUAACGACGUAUGCAGUGAUACUACUUUGUCUUUUAAUCAUCAAUGUGGCGAUAAUUGUGGUCGUCUUCCUUCAAUUCAAAGAUGAUGAUAACAGUCAAAUCAGGAAUGCCAUAAAGACAGGAUUGCACAACAGUCUUUCUCAUUACAACACGGACACUGUUACUCGAGACUCAGUGGAUUUCAUUCAAAAAGAGUAUCAAUGUUGCGGUGUUUCCGGGCCUGCAGAUUGGGACAACACAUGGCACAAUAGCUCAUCCCCAGCAAGUUGCUGUUCUGAACCUANAUAUCAAUGUUGCGGUGUUUCCGGGCCUGCAGAUUGGGACAACACAUGGCACAAUAGCUCAUCCCCAGCAAGUUGCUGUUCUGAACCUAUCAACGGGGUGUGUUCCAUUUCGAAUUCAUAUCAAUCCGGUUGCGUAGAUUUGUUAUUUAAAGCGCUAAAGAAAGAAGGUCAGCUGUUUGCAUAUGUUCUUAUGGGAAUUGGAGCUGUAGAGCUUGUUGGAGCUAUUUUCGCCCUUUGUUUGGUGAGCUCAAUAAGGAAUGCAUACAGAAGGAGUAAUUACGCAUAGACGAAACUUUUCUUUUCAUUAAUUAGACUUUUAAUAUUUAUGUAAUAAAAAAUACCAUCUAAUAUUUUUGUAAGUUUUAGAUUUAUACGUAUAAUAACUGCUGAUUACAAAUUAAUUCGUACAAA